AUGCCGCAAAAUUUAAAGAAUUUUAACAUCAAUAGGGCGCUACAAAGAAACACAAUUCAAAAGAAUUUGGCUGCCAACUUAAUUCGUCAUGAAUAUAUCGUCACCACCAGUGCAAAAGCCAAAAAAGCCAAACCAUUCAUCGAAUCCUUUUUAACCGAUGCCAUUAAACAAGCAAAAGAUGUUCAGACAUUACCCGCAAAAGAACAAUUCAGUAAAUUUAGAGCAAUUAAUUAUUUACAACCACCUGAUAGAGUUGAAUGUGGGAAUAAGAUCAUAAAUGAGAUUGCUGAUAGAUAUCCAAAUAGAACCACUGGUUUUACUCGUCUUAUAAAAUUAGAACCAAGAUUAGGGGAAGAUAAGGCAAAAAUGUCGGUGAUAGAGUUGGUUGAUUCUGAUUAUGAGAUUAAGUUUUGGUAUACUGCCAAAGUAGUUGCUAGAAUGGAAUUACAAAACAUUGCCAUGGAUGAUAUUACUGAAUUGAAUGUUAAGAAAUUGACUGAGAAGAGAAUUAAUGGGGAAGAAAGGUUCCGUGAUGCGGUUGAGACUUGUAAAGUUGAAUUCUUUAAGUAUAAUAAAGAAGUGGGAGAAGUUGAAGAUGAAGCAAUUAAAGAAAAUUUGAAGAAUUUUAGAGCAAAUAUGGAAUAUCAUGGUGGUUCUUUGAAGGGGACUUUACUUGUGUCUAAGAAACAUCCUACUAUUCCUAGAGAAUUGAAAUCUGAUCCAUCUGUUAUUCCACCAUCUCCUUUCUUGACUCAAAAGAAAUAA